UCAAAAACACACACACGACACACCUUAUCAGCGAUAUCAGAGUGUAGCAUUCAAUUUAGUCGUUUCGCUCUGUUCGCUCGCGGGUGAAGCGCAGAAAAGAGAGCUGACACGCGUUAAAAAAGUUGACUGAUAAACACUGUACUUAUAUCGUCACCUAAUAGAUUUUUGGGUUCCCUGGGGAAAUAAAAAGUGCGUAGCCCCGUGUGCGGUCCUUGAUAAAACAAAACGCCAGAAGAAAAAAAAAAAAAAAGAAGAGAGACGUGCAAUUGACAAUGAAAAAUGAAAACAUGCGGUUAUCCCUUUUGGGUGAACUUGUCAAUAAGGGAUAAUAACAACAAUAAACAAUAGUUGAGUACAAUGCUGAAGUGAGGUUAUGCGGGAGAGAGGUACACAGUGUACACACUCGGGAAACAGUGUGGUGUAUGUUCAGGUAUAUAUACACAAGAAAAGGUGUUAAAAAACAACUCGUGGAGUCUAUCGUGUUGUUGUCAUCAACAACGACGGCACUGUCAACGUGUCAACUCUCCGUCGGUCUCGCGAAGGAGCAGAAGAAACGUGCGUGGAAUUCAUCAACAGACCUACAAAUGCAAACGCUGUAGGCUUCUCGUUACAUACCCACCCACCUUCUCUAUUAACUUCUCCAAAGACCGCAUUGUCACUAUUGUAUUCGCGAGAGAAAAAUAGAGGCUCUGGUGUUAGUCGUUAACUUACUAUUUCAAAAAAAAAAAAAAAAAAAAAUUCCCCCAAAUUUGAAAAAAAAAAAAAAAAAAACGGUGUUAGGGAGCCCCGGCUGAUCGUCAAAAUGGUUUUCGAAUCGAUAGUCACCGAGCUCCUAAACAAAGUCCUUGGGGAGUACAUUGAAAACUUGGACUACUCGCAGCUGAAGCUCAGCCUCUGGGGCGGAGAUGUAGUCCUCAAGGAUCUCCUGAUAAAGGAGAGCGCCCUCGACAUGCUGGACCUGCCCAUAAAAUUGGACUACGGUCGACUGGGCAAGCUCGUGCUCAAGAUCCCGUUCAAGGACAUGUGGAACGGCCAAAUAGACGCGAUAAUCGAGGAGCUGUUCGUCCUGGUGGUGCCGAGCAGUCAGGUGACCUACGACGAGGAGAAGGAAAAAAAGGCACAGCUCGAGGCCAAGCGCGCGGAAAUCGCGAGGGUCGAGAAGAGCAAACAGUUGGACGAUAUGAAAAAUCAAGAAAAGGUGGACGACUCGAUGAUGGAGAAGCUGAUAGCGAGGAUGAUCAAGAACAUCCACGUCGAGAUCAAGAGGAUACACGUGAGGUACGAGGACAGAGUGACCUUCAAGGAGCACCCCUUUUCCGUGGGCUUCACCUUGAACAGCUUCGCACUCGAGAGCUGCGACAACAACUGGUCCACCACGGGAAACCUCAAGGACAUGUACGCCAUCCAACAGAUAUUCAAAUUGUGCACAAUGGACGGCCUGGCCUUGUAUUUGAAUCCGUCGCCAAAAUUGUUCAGCACCGAACCGCAGUCAGAGUACUUGAAGAUAUUUUCCGAGAGCAUAGCCACAGCUAGUUUUGUACCUGUUGAUUAUCAAUAUUUGCUGGGUCCGAUAAACGUGAACGCAAAGCUGAAGCUGAACCCAAAGCCCGAAACGGACGGCAGCAACUACACGAUACCCAAAGUCUUUCUUGACUUGGAGAUGCAAAAAUUGAGGAUCGGACUGACAAAGCGCCAGUACCAGACUCUCAUGCAGAUGGGGGAGGGCUUAGAACAGGCGAGGAACGCAGCGCCGUACAGAAAGUACAGGCCGAAUCUGACCUCGUAUCGCGGUCAUUACAAAGAAUGGUGGCAUUUCGCGUACACGUGUAUAUUGGAGGAGCAGGUGAGGAGAGCCCGGCGAAACUGGGACUGGAAUCACAUGAAAAAGCACAGGACCUCGUGUAAGGAGUACGCAAAGGUUUAUCAGAAAAAAUUAACGUGCAAGCGUCCGACCGCCGAAAUUGAACAACAAUUGACGGAGCACGAGUACACCCUGGACAUAUUCAAUCUCAUCAUUAUUCGACAACAAAUUGAAAUGGAGGUGGAGAAGUUGGCGGAGAAGGAGAAAGAGCUGAGAGCGAAGCGAGGGUGGUUCGGAUGGGUGUGGGGAUCGCCCCAGCAGGAGGAAACUCAGGAAUUGAACACGGCCGCGGCUAUCAUGAAAAAAUUCGAGGAGGCGAUGACGGCGGACGAGAAGGCAAAGUUGUACAGAGCCAUAGAUUACCAAGAAAACACCGCUCCCACGCAUUAUCCCGAAACUUACGAGAUGAUAGAUAUGAAAUUUUUUCUGCACGGUCUGCAAGUAUUGUUGAGUGACACCGACAAAAGUGAUCCCGAGGUCUUGGAUUUGCAGUUCAACGGAGUUCAAACGGGAUUCAAAUCCAGACCGUCCGCCAAUGCUAUUUUAGUAACAGCAUCGAUAAGCGACGUCAAACUCAUCGGUGUUAAGCAAAACGACCAAAUGCCUUUGCUCAUCAGUUCGGAGAACGGUAUAGGCUCGGAGAAGGAGUUGUUUUUCGGCUCUUUCGAAACCAAUCCGCUGGACAAGCUCUGCGGUCAGCGUGUCAUCGUCAAAUCGAAUUCCGCGCAUGUUGUGUACGACGCUCAAACCAUCAUCGAACUGAUCAAGAUGUUCAAAGUACAAAAUCCAUCGACUCUAACACAGUUGCAAGAAGCUGCGGCAGCGAAACUCGACAGUUUCAAGGAAGCCUCGGCACUUGGCUUGGAGUACGCCAUUCAGAAGCACGCCGCUCUGGACAUUCAAGUCGAUCUCGAGGCGCCCCAGCUUAUCGUGCCUUACGGCGGCUUUUACACGGGCAACGAGUCCCUGCUCGUUAUCAAUCUCGGUAGUUUGAAAAUGCGCUCGCUCGAGAAGCCAAAGGAAACCGACGAUCAUCUGAGCGUUAAGCAGUUGGUUAGUAUGGGAAAAACAGAGGAAGACAUCCUGGCGCAUCUCAGACAGCACAGUUACGACAAGUUUAUUCUGAAAAUCAUCAACGUUCAGGCGCUUAUUUCUUUGGCAAACGAAGACUGGCGAGAUGCCUUGACAAACACCAUCAGUCCGAUAAAAAUCUUGCAGCCUACAACGUUAGAGGUGCAGUUUCACAAGUGUCUGAUAACGGACGAUCCGUUAUUGCCGAAAACUAGGCUGAUAGGCCAGUUGCCCUCGGUCACCAUAAACAUAACAGAAACUCGUUUGCUCGAAGGUCUUGCUAUCGCACAAAGCAUUCCAAUGCCCGAAGAAGAGCCAUCGGAGCUUGCUCGAAUGUCACUGUCCAAGUCUGGAUCGCAGAUGUCACUUUUCAAAGAAUUGACUUCCAUACCGUCUCUCAUGGAAAAGAAGCAGGAUGAAAAACCAAAGAGCCCCAUGAAGCAAACCACCGACUUGGAGGCUAAAUUCGUCAUGAAAGAAUUCAUAUUGACGAUAUCAAAGCAAGAGAUCGACGCGGUGACUUCUCCAUUCUUUAGGUUUGAGUUGUUACAGCUGGAGGCUGAAUUAAUGCAAAAAACAUACACCCAAGAAGUCAUGCUGAGGUUGGGAGGCGUUCAAGUUAAACAGCAUCACAAGGUCGAAGAAAUUUUCAUGAUCAAUACUCCCAUGUCAUCGGGAAGCGAAGAUUACCUCAUAGUCAUUAGAUUCAUUAAUAUGGAUAAACGUUCACCGGAUUUCAUGAGACAAGGUUCAGUGGUAAAUUUAUUGCAACUCGAGUUUACGACUUUGGAUGUUAUACUCCAUCAAGAAUGUCUGAUAAAUGUUCUUCAGUUUUUAUCCAAUAUUCAAGAUAACAUUACUUCGGUGACAGCGACGAUAAAAGAAAAGAAAAAAGAACAGAGAGUAGAUAGAGUUGCUCAUUUGUCGACCAUCCAAGAAGAUACAUCGGUAUUUAUUAAGGAACACAUUCAAAAGCAAAGAGUCAUCAAAAAUAGCCGAAAAAAAGUUCACGUUGAGAUAACCGACCUGCAAGUUACCGCCAAGAUUGACAGGAUCAGUCUGAAAAUGAUGAACGAAUUAAGAGACAUUAGCGCAUUUUACAUCAAAGGCAUAGCUGCCGGUUACACAAUGAAAGCUUCACACUCCAAAGCCAAUGUACAUCUUACUUCAAUUAGCAUCAAAGAUUUGAACGUCAAAUCUAUUUAUAGGAAUAUCAUAUCAGUCGAAGGUUCCGAAUCACUGCAAAUUGAAGCAAUAAUGAAUAAUAUCACUCCCGACGACAUCGACAAGAAUAACAUGUCAAUUACAGUGACCAUGGGCUGUCACAGAGUCGUGUUCUUAAAUGCCUUUGUUACGUCGGUUAUGAAUUUCUUAAAUAAUUUCCAAGCUGCUCAACAAGCCAUUGCAGAGGCGUCAGCUGCGGCUGCCGAAGCUGCCAAAACCAACAUCAAAGAUGUGCAUCAAAGAGCCACUCGUAUCGAGUUAUCCGUCAAUUUGAAAGCGCCUGUAGUAUACGUUCCUAUGAAUUCAACGAGCGAGCACUGCCUCAUGCUGGACAUGGGUAAUCUCACGGUCAGCAACGAUCUCAAGAGAAUCAAAACCGACACACCCUCCGGCGAGUAUCCCAUCCUCGACGAGAUGAACGUCGAAUUGCAAAACUUGAAGCUGUCCCGAGUGCGGGUCAACAAAGAAAACUUCGCAGCGGAGAACGAGGUGGUGCUGCUGCAACCGGUGAGCGUGAUGCUGCAAAUCAAGCGCAACCUGUCGGCCGCUUGGUUCCGCGACAUUCCUGACAUCGAGAUGUCGGGCCGAAUGAAGUGCAUCAACGUCUUGCUCAAUCAUGAGGACUACACCACGAUAAUGGCCACUCUGAAUGAGAACCUCGGCGAGUCCGUCGAGGAUGGCACCGUGGCACAGGCUGUCGUGCCCGCCGGCAAGAAAUCCAUCGCCGAGGAGUCGGGCAAAACUAUCUACGUCGAAGUUGUGAAGGAAACCAGCCACUUUGACCUGCAAGAGACGCAUCAAGCGCAGACCACGAUCAAAUUUGAGUUUAUCAUGGACAGCCUCGUCAUCGAGUUAUUCACCGGAGGAUCCCGAAUGCUGAAAACGCAAAACUCGCCCUUACACCUGCCGCAAAAUAGUCUAGCCAAGUUCGGUCUGACCUACUUGGCAGUCAAAGGGCGCAUGUACGCGGACGGAUUGUUGGCCACCUCGAUUUUACUGAUGAAUUGCACACUAGACGAUACGAGGCCAAAUAGACAGGGUUCUCUGGUUCGGAUAAUGGAAAGGACGACCGAGGUACCGAAAUUUGAAAGCUUGGCGGAGCAAGACGCCAAGCCUGUGCGGAGCAUGCUGGAUGUUACGGUCAAGAAAGAGGCCAAUGAUAUGUUUGUUGACGUUCGAGUGUUCUCCUUCAGCACAAUAAUAUCGCUCGACUACCUAAUGAAGAUCAAGGCCUUCUUCGACACGGGUCCCCAGGCUUCCAUGCAAGCUUCACAAAAAGCACAAGCUGAAUCAGCCCUUAAAAAAAGAGCCGUCCAACCGGCGCCUCCUCCACCGCAGGACAUGACCAUGACGAUAAAUUUGCUCAUCGAGAAGCCGGACAUCAUUCUUCUCGAGGACAUGGAUGACAUCGAUUCUAAGUGCAUAAUAUUGAACACCGAGCUGACCCUAAAAUUGAGAAUGACGGGCGAGCACCAAGUGAUCAGUGGCUCGAUCAAGGAUCUUUCCAUCUUGACAGGCAUCUAUAAUCCCUUAAAGAGAACUGAUUCGAUUUACCAAGUGCUGCGACCUACGCGCAUCAAUAUUGCAGGAUCGACACCAGAAGGCAAGGGUCUGCACAUCGAUGUCAUCAGUACUGACAUUCACAUUUCGGUCUCACCUGGGGUCAUUGAUAUUUUGAACCGAGUACUGCAAACGGUGAUUAAAAAAGAGGAAGAAGGCGAUGAAGUGAAAAAACUCGAACCUAAUCACGAGGGUCUUUGGAUUAUCAAAUCAUUCAAGGAAACGGAUUAUUGGUUCUUGAAGACUGAAAUGGGAACGGAAGCACAAGAGGGUCUCGAGUUUUCCGACGACGAGGAAAACUCCGUAGCGGCGUACAAACCCGAGCUGGCUAUUGUUUCCGCACCCACGAUUUUACUUACUCUCGAGGCUGGCGUUGGCAAUAAAACCCUGCCAAUGUUGCUUUUACACCUUGGUUUCCAGAGCAAAGUCAACGACUGGAGUACUAAUACGAUGUACAUCGAUUCAGUGAUUUCGGUGGUCAUGGCGUACUACAACAGUCGGCUGGCGUUGUGGGAACCGUUGAUCGAACCCAUGGAGGCGAUCGAAAAUGGAAAACGUAUUUCGACUCCCUGGGAAUUGAAAACUAAGAUACAAUUCAACGAUACAUCGGUGGACACGGCAGUGACUGCGUUGGGUAGCACAGUCGUGGACUCUGAUCUGGACGAGUUGCAACAAAAAUCGAGAAUGUCGAUCGAAGUUUUGUCCUCGGAGAACUUGGAAGUGACAGUCACGAAAACGUGCUUAGAUGUUCUGAAGCAGCUUGGAAAUGCUUUCUCGAACGCCAUGGAAGUUGAAAAUAAAACGUCCAUGAAGACAGUAGCACCUUACAUAUUGAAAAACGAGACCGGACUGGCCAUGACUUUGGAUUUGGAAAAUAGCCACUUCAAGAUUGCUGAAGAUGAAGCUGGAAAACCUGUCAGCAAUAAUCAAACAUACUCGGAAGUUAUUUUAGAAUCUGGAGCUUCGGUAAUGUUAGCCUCGAAAGUAAAGGUCGAGAUCCAUUUGCUAAAUGAACUGAAAGCCGAUACGGUGAAAGAUCGGGAAGCGAAUAAAUUCGUCAUUUCGUUCAAAGACAUCGGUGGAAAACUCGAAAUUCCGAUUCUCAGAGCCGACAAGCGAUUCUUUUCUUUAAAGUAUCGAAAAGAAGGCUCGGAGGAGUGGGGCAUAAUUUCGGACGUCGUCGUCGAAGACGGCAGUACAAUUGUCACGUUGCGAAGUGUCUUGCAAGUGCACAAUCAUUUUUGCGAGCCAGUUUCGGUUUAUUACAUGACGAAGCGCGGCAACGAGGUCGAAAAAGUCGGCACCGUUCAACCAGAUGAAAAAUUAAAUCUGCCGUUGGAUGCUGUGUACACUCCGACGAAUAUCUAUUGGUUGUUUUUCAGUAUCGACGGCUACAUGGUUUCUAUCGAGCCGUUCAUCUGGAAAGACCUGCAAAAAACCGUGUCCAUGACGAAACUACUUAAAUGUGAAACUCGCACGAAAAUGGAGACCAUAGAGCCCUUCUACAUUCAAACUCUAUACGCGGUACUCGUCGUCGCUAGUAUACUCUUUAACAGCGAGACCCUCGGUAUGUUGCUAAGCAUUGCCGAGCGGCGCUUCGCCGGGCGUCUCCUGUCUCGCUUGGCCCUCGGCUACUGGCGUGCCCAGAACGCCGAUGCUACUACUACUACUACUACUAACUCCGCACAACCGACCACUUCUACUACUAUCGCGAAACAGCCAGGAUUGCCCAUUCAGGCUGUGGGCGAAAUCGAGCAGGUGUACUUUGAAAAUACUUCGAGGCACACAAUGGCCAGUACGAUAUACAAUGUGCAUCUGUACCCGUCCAUUUACCUUAAAAAUUUCCUGCCCAUCGACAUAAUCAUCUGUUUGCCCGGUAAUACCCAGGAGAAGCGCGUCGAGGCCAGCACGACACUCCAAAUAUCCACAAUAGAUCCGAAUCGCUCUAGCUUCGUCAUCAAGCUGUCACAGUACCUCGAAAAGGACUGGUCGUGCAAGGUGGAGCUAACCGAGGACCCGCCAGAGUUCUCAGUUUGGUCGUUCGAGUCGUUCGACAGUGCGCAAAAAGUCAUCAUGGAUCUGGGCAUGCACACUUCCUACAAGCACGGCUCCAUCAUUAUGGCGCUCUACUGUCCUUUCUGGAUGCUCAACAAGACGGGCCUCAUGCUCUCCUACAGAAAAUCAAGUAAAGGUGGCAAAGAGCAUUCAAGCCCAAUCAAGUACGGGGGCAUCAACGUCGAUGUACAAAUCAACGAGGGCGGAGUUUACAUAUCACUGUCAGCCUACACCCACGGCAAUGCCCCGGCGUUGAUAAUCAACCACACGCAGUACAGCAUGAAUCUUUGGGAAAAGGGAUCGAUGAACGUCAGAACCGUCCACUCGUACCAUCGAAUGUUCUAUACGUGGGAAAACCCAGCUGGGCCAAGGCUGUUGGUUUGGGAGGACGGAGCAAAAAAGGAAAUCGCGGAUAUGCUGCGCAAGGACGUCCUUGGGGUCUUCAAGCUGCCCGAUUACGACGUCGAGCUGUACUACGUGUCCUUCUUGGAUGGAAUUCAGCGAGUUUUGUUGUUCACGACGAGCCUGAAAAUUGCCGAGGAUUGUCAGUUGGUCGGUGACCUUGAAAUCAUCGACCAGGACAUUACCCUGAGCAUUCACGGCAUUGGUCUGUCGCUCGUCAACAACAUCAAUAGAUCCGAGCUACUGUACAUAUGCAUCGCAAGCUCGGGAAUAAUUUGGGAGACGAGAAAAUUAUCAGCCGGCAGGUGGCGAGCUCUGAGCAAUCGCGAGGUUUGCCUAAUCGAGGCCGGGUAUCAAAAGUACCUGAGAGAACUCCAGGUCGACAAAGAAACGCCGUAUCGCGUGGCGUUGGAGCCGAAAUUUGAGAUCGAUUACUUGAACAUGGAAAUACUGAGGCCGCACCGGCGCUACCUGCGCCGUACCUUCCAGACGGGCCUCUGGAUGCAGUAUCAGACGUCGGUGCACCAGGUGCAGUUGCACGCCAAAAUCAAUAGGCUUCAAAUCGACAAUCAGCUGUCGGAUUGCGUGUUUCCGGUUAUUUUGGCUCCCAUACCGCCACCGAAGAGUGUCACGCAAGAUGCAGUUAUGAAGCCAUUUGCCGAAAUGAGUAUAGUGAAACGGUUAUUGGAGCACAGCAACGUACAGCAGUUUAGGUAUUUCAAAGUCUUGAUUCAAGAGUUCCAUGUCAAAGUCGAUUUAACUUUCAUGAAUGCCGUGAUGUUGUUGUUCGAAGCUGAUGAGGCAAAUGACGCCCAAGAGAGCGAAUUGUUUAAAACAGAUAUGAAGUUGGUGGAUGAGCCACUUCUGCAUCACGUUAAUUUGAUAACAACUGCCGAACAAAAGAACUUUUUCGAUUUGCUACAUUUUUCUCCUCUCAAGAUUCACAUAAGUUUCUCGAUGACUGGCAGUGGUGGCAGUGGACCCUCGGCGGUUCCUCAAGUAUUGAACGUUUUACUGCAGGGCAUUGGUGUCACGAUAACAGAUAUCAACGACAUAGUUUUCAAACUGGCAUACUUCGAACGAGAUUAUGUGUUCAUGACAAACAACCAACUGAUCUCGGAAGCAACCAGUCACUACACUGGUCAGGCGAUAAAACAGCUCUACGUCCUCGUUCUCGGAUUAGACGUCAUAGGCAAUCCCUACGGUCUCGUCAUGGGUGCCAUGGAAGGUGUAGGCGAUCUCUUCUACGAGCCCUUCCAAGGUGCCAUUCAAGGCCCCGGCGAAUUCGCCGAAGGUCUGAUGCUUGGCGUACGAAGUAUGGUCGGCCACACGGUUGGCGGGAUGGCGGGUGCCGUUUCAAAAAUUACGGGUGCCAUGGGUAAGGGUCUGGCCACCCUUACUUUCGACAAGGAUUACCAGCGCAAACGUCAAGAGCAGCUCAACAAGCAGCCUGAAAAUCUGCAAGAAGGACUUGCGAGAAGUGGAAAGAACCUCAUCUCGGGCGUUGUUGAUGGUGUUUCCGGAGUCAUUUCGAAACCAAUUUCUGGUGCCAAGGAAGAAGGCGUGGAAGGUUUUUUCAAAGGUUUUGGAAAAGGAGUUGUGGGAUUAGUUACCAGACCAACCGCUGGAAUAGUAGAUUUCGCUAGUGGAUCCUUUGGAGCUGUGAGGAGAGCAACUGAACUGAACGAAGAGGCUAAGCGAGUUCGUCCGCCGAGAUUUUUACAGCCCGACAGCUUGGUUCGACCUUACGUUCAAGACGAAGCCGAGGGAAAUAAGAUUCUUAGCGAGCUCGAAAAAGGCAAAUACGCAAACACUGACAUCUACUACUUCCACUUGUACAUUCACAAAAGUGUUCUUUUACUUACGGAUAAGAGAAUAGCUUAUUUAGAAAGGUGUGAUCUCUUUGGUGGUUGGAAGGUGGAAUGGUCUUAUACCUGGCAAGAAAUCGACCCACCGCCACUAAUGGUUGACAAAGGAGUUCAGAUCUGCAUUAGGGAUUCACAGAGAAGGAGAAAGUUCGGAGGAUUUUUCAGUAGUUCUGAUUCGAUGAAGAUUCUUUUUAUACCUGAUUUAGCUACCAAACAGCUACUCUGCAGUAAGAUUAAGGAGCAAUUACGACAAUACGAUAUUUAGGAUAGGCCGACCAAAAAAAAAUCCGCACGAAGUUUCUUUGCACAGUGUUUUUAUUGCGGGGAGGACUGAAAAAAAUAAUUUUACUCAAACCCGCGGCGGAUUUUUUUUUUCCAAACAAGCGCAAUGUUUUAACAAACUGCUCAAGCACAAAAUGAAAAAUGUUCAUCACUGAAGACUGAUACGACGCUUAACGUAGAAGAAAGGGAAUUACGGUCAUCGAAUUAGUCACAAAUCACGAGAAAAAAAAAAUGUUCUUCCCCAUACUGAAUCAAGUACACAGAAUAUGAUUGUGAUUCCAAAUAUCAUGUUUAUUGGGUGUAUAGCCAUGUAUAGCCUUUUUACGCGUAUAUAAUGUGAAGUGCGAGAAAAAGAGAAUGAUGAAUGCACUAAGAAUAAUAAUAGUAGCUCCAGCCAUUUUACAGCCUAGUAAACUUUGUUAAACCAUCGAAUUAAUUUUAUUUAUUGACUAAUUAAUUUUUUCAAUCGUCGUGAGUAGUUCUGUACAUUUUUCUAUGAGAUAAAGUUGUUUGUUACCAGUUAUAUUUUAUUUUGUACACAUAAAUGUUGGUGUGAAGAGAUUAUAAGCUUUUUAUAUUUUUGUUUUAAUUAAUCACACAGAAUUUUGAAUGUAACUUUUAUCAGAUUUGUAUCACUCGAAACAACAUUUAUUAAGUGUUGCACUGCUUUCUUCCAAAGAGUUUAAAAAAACUGCGCGCAGGUCAUAAAAAGCCUAAACUUCAAGAUGAUUUUAAUGAUAAUAAAAGAUUUUUUUGUAUACAAAUAAUGUCCUCUUAUAAAUGUGAUGCGAACGACUGCUUAGUUUUUUUUUUUUUUUUUUGUUACCUAAUUUUCAAAUUGCCAUACGGAAUA